AUGCGUGAAGUCCUGGUGCCUUCCAACUUGCUGGAGCAGUGGCUGGGCGAGAUGCGCAAGUUUAUCGCGGAGGAGAUGCCCUUGAAGGUCCAUGCCAUUCGCAGCGCCACCAACCUGAAGGCCCUCAGCAUUCAGGACAUUUGCCGUGCCGAUAUUGUUCUGUGCUCCUACCGGCUUCUCUACUCUCCGGUCUAUCGCCGGCGCUUGCUGGAACUGGUGGGUGAGGAUGUCGCGGCUAAGUCGGAGGCCGAGAUCUUGCGCAGCCACGCGGAGAUCCAGACGCUACGACGGAACACCCGGCGCUUUCAAGAGCAUGGAGACGUCGACGGCUGGAGCAAAGGCGAAGCAAGCGGGUUGAGCGCUCAGCUGCACUUUCCGGUCCUGGAGCAAGUCUGGUGGAGACGGGUCGUCCUGGAUGAGUUUCAUGAGCUGGAGGCAAAGAAGGACACCAACCAGUUCGAAUCCUUGCAGCACAUUUGCGCUCACUACCGCUGGGGGCUCACUGGCACGCCACCCACCAGAGAUCUUUCACAGGUGGCUACUCUGGCCAAGAUCUUUCAAAUCGGCUUGCCUGGUGAGGGGGCCUGCCCCUACAGUGGGGAGCUGGCCGCUGAGAUGUCACAGCACUUCUUGGACCACUUCGCAAGGCAGAACACGAGCGAGGAGAUUCAGGAGAUUCCCCUGGAAGAGCACAUCAUGGCCAUAGAUCAAAGCCCAGAGGAGCGUGCCAUCUAUUUGCAAGCCUCCAGAGAUGUUACGGAAGCAGAGGCGGAUGGCGAACGGGCAGAGCAGCUGAUCAAGCUGUGCUCCCACUUCGCGGCCUACUGCGGCACCAUUUCGGGUGGAGAUGCUGGUUCAGAGUGCCACCGCAUCCUGUCAGCAAAGCAGGACCAGUCGAAAAAGGCGUCGAAAGAGGUGUUGCUGCGCGCAGCUCAAUUGGAGCUGCUUUGGCGGCAAGACAGGAUAGACAGGAUAGACCGAAGGCAAGAGGAGCGGCAGGCCGUCCUCUUGCGCUUGGGAGCAAACCUCAAGGAGCUGCAGAGCGUUGCCCUUUGUGGAGCUCCCAGCCCCGCAGAUCUGUCGCUCGACUCGGAGGGGGAGGCCAAGCAGUCCUGGGAGAGCGUGCCACUUUCUGCCGAAGCAGACACGGCCCACGCGGCUCAGCUCCGGUCAUCUCAGAUCGAGAGCGAGACUCAAGCAGCGAGCGCGCAGCUUUCCGUCGAUGGGGCUCAGCAACAAGCGCCUCCCGAAAAGCACGAGCUCCCACCGAAAGCAGCGAGCGCGACGCUGUCCGCACCCGCUGCGGCAGCUGCCAUUGCCUUUGCAGAGGUGGCCUCAAUGCCCACCGUGCUUCUGCACAAGUUGGGUGGCAAGCUGCCGGAUGACUCGGCGCAGCAGGCGCUUCAAGAUCGAGUUGUCGCAGCAGCGGAAGCCGCCGCAUCCACCCAGCGCUCCCUUCAGUUCUUUGAGCGCACGCUGGCUGCGGCGCGGGGCGAGGCCUCGGCAGAAGAGCGGUCCUGUAGCAUUUGCCUCGAGGAAGACCUCCAAGAGGAAGAGCUGUCCAUCACGGUCUGCGCCCACGUCUUUCACAGCAGCUGCCUGCAGGAGGUGGUCAAGCACUUUGGGACAUGCCCGGUGUGUCGCCACAAGCUGACCGGGAAGAACAAGAUUACAGCGCUGGCGGCAGAACUUGCACACAAAGAGCGAGGAAGAAACGGAGCUGCCAAGCCGAAGCCCGAGCUGGCCACCAAGGAGGGGACUAAGCUUGCGGCCCUGGCUGCGCAUUUGCAGGACAUCAGCCGCAGCGAGAAGGUCCUGGUCUUCUGCCAGUGGGAGGACUUGAAGCGCCGUAUCUCGGACGCCCUGGGCUCCAGCGGAGUGCCCCACGUCCAGCUGUCCGGCAACGUGUGGCAGCGCGCCGACACCUUACGGCGCUUUCAGGAAGAUGGUGAAGACUCGCGGGUUCUGCUGUUGUCUUUGGAGCACUCGGCCAGCGGCACGAACCUCACCGCUGCCAACCACGUGGUCUUUGUGCACCCCAUGUUUGCCAGCUCCUUCGACCGAGCCGUGGCGUAUGAAAAGCAGGCGCUGGCGCGGUGUCGGCGCUAUGGGCAGCAGAAGACGGUGCACUGCUGGCGCUUUGUGGCCAGAGGCACCAUCGAGGAUACCAUCACUGCCACGCACCGAAAAGAUUUGUGGCAGUCCACUAAGGGCAGGAGAGCCGGAGGCGCCUAA